CAGUCGGUUAAUAGAAGAUUUUAUAGUAAUUUUAGGCUAUUUUAGAUUUUACGGAUUUAAAGUUGUUAUUUUGAUCAAGAUGCCAUCUCGUCCAGUGGUGAGUGUCUUUAGCCAGUCUGGCGAAAAGGCUUCGACUCUGAUGCCUCUUGUAUUCUCAACUCCGUUGCGCAGUGACUUGGUUCACUAUGUACACACAAAUAUGGCCAAGAACCGCCGUCAAGCCUAUGCUGUAAGCAAGAUGUCUGGAUUCCAGACCUCUGCCAGAAGUUGGGGUACUGGUCGUGCUAUGGCCCGUGUACCCCGUGUCAAGGGUGGUGGUACCCACAGAGCCGGACAGGCUGCUUAUGCCAACUUUUGCCGUGCUGGUGGUAUGUUCGCACCCACCAAGACAUGGCGUAGGUGGCAUCGCAAGGUUAAUUUGAAGGAGAAGAGGUUCGCACUUGCUGUUGCAGUUGCUGCCUCUGGAGUUGCUCCACUUGUCAUGGCCAGAGGUCAUCGCAUCGAGAGUGUCCCAGAAGUCCCACUUGUUGUUGACGACUCCAUUGAAACCAUCAACAAGACCAAGGACGCUGUUGCUCUCUUGCAAAAGCUGGGUUUGUCUGAGGAGCUCGAUAGGGUGAGCAAGAAGAAGUUCCCCAAGAGACUCAAGAGCAAGCAUGGUACUGGACCACUCAUUAUAUUGCGUGCCUCCGCUGUUGAGGGACGCCGUGCCUUCAGGAACAUUCCAGGUGUCGAGGUUGCCGCUGUUGAGCGCCUCAACCUUUUGAAGUUGGCACCAGCCGGUACUCUUGGCAGAUUGUGCGUAUGGAGUAAGGCUGCCUUUGAGGCCUUGGACCAAGUUAUUGCUGAGAAGGGCAUCAAGGCUAAGCCAUUGCUUACCAACCCGGAUAUCUCUGCCCUUGCCAACUCCACUGCUGUCCAGACUGCUCUCAACCCACCAAAGACUGGAAGCCUAAAGAAGAAGAUCCAGAGGGGAGCUAGCAAGAGGGUCCUCAAGUCUGUAGUCAAGGCCCUGGAGAAGGUCAGCAAGAAGAAGGAGGUAUCCAAGGACGCCAAGAAGGCACUCAAGAAGAAUUCCAAGCUCUUCUUCAAAAAUAUCAGAACUGCUCUUAACACCGGAGUAGAGGCUUCGGCUUAA